GCUCCUCCUCCUCCUUAUCCUCCUCUCCCCUCCUCCUCUCCCGCGCCUCCUCGCCGCCAGCUCUGCUCCUCGCGGCUUCCGCGGACCCGCAGCCAUGGCCGACAUCAAGACGGGCAUCUUCGCCAAGAACGUCCAGAAGCGACUCAACCGCGCGCAGGAGAAGGUCCUUCAGAAGCUUGGGAAAGCUGAUGAGACAAAAGACGAACAGUUUGAAGAAUAUGUCCAGAAUUUCAAACGGCAAGAGGCAGAGGGUACCAGACUUCAGCGAGAACUCCGAGGAUAUUUAGCAGCUAUCAAAGGCAUGCAAGAGGCCUCCAUGAAGCUCACUGAGUCACUGCACGAAGUCUAUGAACCUGACUGGUAUGGGCGUGAAGAUGUGAAAAUGGUUGGCGAGAAAUGUGAUGUGCUAUGGGAAGACUUCCAUCAGAAACUAGUGGAUGGGUCCUUGCUGACACUGGACACCUAUCUGGGCCAAUUUCCUGACAUAAAGAAUCGCAUUGCAAAGCGCAGCAGGAAGCUAGUGGACUAUGACAGUGCCCGCCACCACCUGGAAGCUCUGCAGAGCUCCAAGAGGAAGGAUGAAAGUCGCAUCUCUAAGGCAGAAGAGGAGUUUCAGAAAGCACAGAAAGUGUUCGAAGAGUUUAAUGUUGACUUACAAGAAGAGUUGCCAUCAUUAUGGUCAAGACGUGUUGGAUUUUAUGUCAAUACUUUCAAAAAUGUCUCUAGCCUAGAGGCCAAGUUUCAUAAGGAAAUUGCAGUGCUUUGCCACAAACUGUAUGAAGUGAUGACGAAACUUGGCGACCAGCACGCUGACAAGGCCUUCACCAUUCAAGGAGCUCCCAGCGACUCGGGUCCUCUCCGAAUUGCAAAGACGCCAUCGCCGCCUGAGGAGCCUUCACCCAUCCCGAGCCCGACAGCCAGUCCCAAUCACACGCUGGCCCCUGCGUCUCCCGCACCAGCCCGGCCUCGGUCACCCUCGCAGACAAGGAAAGGGCCUCCUGUCCCACCUCUCCCUAAAGUCACUCCGACAAAGGAACUGCAGCAGGAGAACAUCAUCAGUUUCUUCGAGGACAACUUUGUCCCGGAAAUUAGUGUGACGACACCUUCCCAGAAUGAAGUUCCUGAGGUGAAGAAAGAGGAAACUUUGUUGGAUCUGGACUUUGAUCCUUUCAAGCCUGAUGUAGCCUCAGCGGGCUCUGCUGGAGUGACCCACUCACCCAUGUCGCAGACAUUGCCCUGGGACCUAUGGACGACAAGCACUGAUUUGGUACAGCCGGCUUCUGGAGGUUCAUUUAAUGGUUUCACCCAGCCCCAGGACACUUCAUUAUUCACAAUUCAAACAGACCAGAGUAUGAUCUGUAACUUGGCUGAAUCUGAACAGGCUCCACCCACAGAGCCGAAAGCAGAAGAGCUCCCUGCUGCUGUACCAUCUGCUCCUGGACUGGACCUUGGACUGGACACCCGGGCUGAGGAGCCAGUAGAGGGGGCAGCGAUCAUCCCCGGAACCGAUGCCGAUGUGACUGCUGGAACCUUCGUGCCAGCAGCCGAGGGGCCCCCCGUGGAAGAGGUGGAGACAGAUAAGGUGGCUCUUUCUGCUGGAGAAGAAGCAAGUUCGGAGGAGGCCAAGAUUGAUGCCGAGGCCACGGAGGCUGUAGAGAGUGACAUAUCUCAACCGGAAGAAACAGAAGUAGUGGCUGUUCAGGAGAAGGUCAUCCCUUCUGUCGUCAUAGAGCCCGCCUCCAACAACGAAGGGGAGGGAGAACACGAAGUAACCCCGGGCGCAGAGUACAAGGAGAUCACUGAUGACACGGCUCUUCCCGGCCCUGCCAGUGAGACACCUGAGCUGGCCUCCCAGCCGGCACCUUCGGCUCCCUCUACAGGCCUGGCCUCCCAGGAGGUGCCUCCAGGCUUCCUCUACAAGGUGGAAACACUGCAUGAUUUCGAGGCAGCAAAUUCUGAUGAGCUUACCUUACAAAGGGGUGAUGUGGUGUUGGUGGUGCCCUCAGAUUCGGAAGCUGACCAGGAUGCAGGCUGGUUGGUAGGAGUGAAGGAAUCAGACUGGCUUCAGUACAGAGACCUUGCCACCUACAAGGGCCUCUUUCCAGAGAACUUCACCCGGCGCCUGGAUUAGGGCUGAAAGUAUUGUAGAAAGAGCCUGAUCACUGGGUUUUUAAACCUUUAUGAAAACCUGAAGAGUUCACUUUUGCUAUUACGCUCUUAACGAUUUACAGAGACUGAUGCCAGACAAAGCUGGGAAGGAUAUAUCCGUGGAGCAUGUGUGCAGACAAAUGUAAGAGGGAAAAAAAAAAAAGAAAAUUAAGGAAAAGGUCUUCAUUGGUUCCCACGUUAUUGCGAAGAUUUUGUUUGUGCUUUGUUUGAGCUGUGGAAACUCGUGUACUUGACCCCCCACCAGUUCUAAAGUAGCUUCCUCCAGACCUGAACCUUAAUUUCUCUCCACCAAGUGUACUGAGUGGCUGCCCUGCAGAAGACGUGAUGUGUUAUCCUGUAAUACGAGAUUAUCUUGUUCCCCUGCGCAGGUGUGAGCACGUGCUCUCUCUCCCUUUCACGUUUACUGUGUUUAAAACGAAUCCGCCGCAAAAGUUUUCAAUGUUCUUUUCCAACACACCUCUCCUUCUCUAUAUAUGGACACACAGUCACACAAAGCUAGUUCCCAUCCCUCCUGAAUCUAUGUGUAUGCACAAGGCUACAUAUACAUAGUUGCGCUCUCUCCUUUCCAUUGUAGCUUUCAGCCUCUCCAGUGUCAUUGAUACAUGCAUUGCUCUUAUUGUCUGGCAUUAUUACAGUAGCAGUUUUGCCUCUGGGCAAAACCUGCCAUCCCAUUGCCAAAAGAGUCGACAGUAUCUGUGUUCAGAAUGUGCAUUUUUCAGGAUGCGAUGACUAAUCGCAUGUCCGAGCUGCUGCCCCUUUUGGAGAAAGCAGUCUGACGGUUAGGGUGUCCGGCUGCUGUGGCCGGAGGUAGGUGAGUUGGAAUCAGCAGCUAAAUUGUCUUAAUUUCUGCCUUUCUGAGGUUGGCUAGAUGAUGGGGCAUUUAAAUCCAUCCCCAAAGAACGUUAUUUCCAAAAGCUCCUAUAUAUUUCCACCUCUUUCUAUUUAUGCAGCUCAUCUUCACAGAUUGUCCAAAAAUAAGAUAUAGUGACAUAUGCUGUAUCCACCAGUCAUCUGUAACGAUUAUGUUUUCAGUGCUGUGUCAUUCCAAAUAAACCUUUGGUAAUCUCCAGCAAUGACCUUAA